AGUACUCAAAAGAAUAUAUUAAUUAAUUUAUAUGAAAGCAGUAACGCCUAACAUUUUAAAAAAGAUGCGUUGGAUACUUUGUCGACUAUUAGAGUACGAAAAAUCAGGAGCAGUACAAUCUCCUAAUAAAAAAAUUACGCCUUCAAAUGAUAGCUAAAUUUGACGAAUUUGACAAAACUGCAAUACGGAAAAAGUACAUUUUAUUUAUUUUAAUAAAGAGAUGCCAACAUUAGAUAAAAUUUUGCUAGCUAUUAACACUGACCCGCAAAUACCAAAUUUAUCAAGUGCUUCUUUGCAUCGUGUUUUACUCAAUUUAGGUUUUAAAUUUUGCAAAAGAGGAAGGAAUAGUAUGAUAACUGACAGAUAAGAUUUGUUUUUAUAGCGCAGAAACUAUCUCCAAAGUCUAUCAAAAUAUAGAACUGAAGGUCGCACAAUAUAUUAUUUGGUCGAAACCUGCAUUAAUGCAGGAGAUGUUUCCUCUAAAGUUUGGGAGGAUACAACAGUUAAAUCUGCGAAAGAUGCAUUUCUACGUGGAUUAUCAACUGGUUCAUCUAAUCCAACUGGAAAGGAAAAAGAUUUCUUAUAUUGCAUAUUGGAAGCAAAAAUAGGUUUGUUCCGGAUGCAUUAUUAUGUUUCAAAAGUAAGAAAAAUUCAUCAGAUUACCACGAUGAGAUGAAUAGGGAUACAUUUAAAGAUUGGUUUCAAAAAAUAUUGCCUACAUUGGAUGAAAACUGCGUAAUUGUCAUGGACAAUGCUCCAUAUCAUUCGGUGAAGGAAGAAAAAAUUCCAAACAUGUCUUGGAGAAAAGAAGAGAUACAAAAUUGGAUGCUUGAAAAAGAGGUAGAAUUUGAGCCAUGGCUGAUCAAGUUAGAACUGAUUGAAAUUGUUAGCACGGUAAAAAAAAUUACGAUAAGUACGUUAUCGAUGAAAUCGCCAAAAAAUCGAAUGGAUUAAUUGUUCGAUUUCCACCUUAUCGGUGCUAGCUGAAUCUGAUUGAAAAUGUUUGGUCCCAGAUAAAAAUAUAUGUAAAGUCUCAAAAUACAACGUUUAAAAUUCCAGAUGUAAUGAAAUUACUCAACUGUGGAAUAGAAAGAGUUACUCCAGAAAUGUGGGCCAAUUAUGUAAGGCAUGCAUUGCAAAUGGAAAGAGAAUUUUUCACAAUUGAUAAUAAUGCAGACGAAAUGUACGAUCAUUUAGAAAAUUUUGUAUUUACUGUAAACACUGGAGAAACAAGUUCCGAGGACGAGCAUGAUGAAGAAGGUGUUGAUGUAAUGCAAUCAGAUAGAUCUUUCUUGCAGGUAUUUUAUGUUAUUUUUAUAUCACUUAUUAGACAAUUCAAAUGUCCUUUCUUCAAAAAAAAAAAUAGUAAUAAAAAAAGAACAUUGACAUAAAAAUUCUUUCACCUUAAAAAAAUGAGGAGACGGACAAAAAAUUCUCUUAAAACAACAACGCCUAUGAAUCUUCCAAAUUUUUUUUUAAAAAAACCAAAACUAACACGUUAUAGCAAGGCAGAAAUGGAAACAAUAAUUAGAAAAAUCCAUUUCAUUUUUUUGUUCUGAUCAAAUAAGAAUAUUGGAAACUAUAAAGGGACUAAAUUACAUAAAAAUAAAUUUGAAUGUAAAGAAGAAUCGAUUUCCAUUUCUAUCUUAGAGAAAGAAAUUAAUUUACCAAUAAUAAAACCUUACGUUACUGAAGAUGCAUAGAAUACGUCGACAAGAUAUAAAUAAUAUUAAACCACAAUAAAUCGACAUAAAUUGACCCUCGUGUUGACACAUAUUAUUUUCAUAGUCAU